AUGUGCCCGGAGAACCACACGUCCUCCACGUUCGAGCCCUUCCGUUACCUCAGCAUACCGAUUCCGUCCAACCACAUGGACCGUUUCGAGCUGAAGGUCGUGUUCUUCCCAGCGUUGUCGGCUCCAGCCGAGCGGCCGAGACCGCAGCGACUUGCAGUCGCUGUGCCAAAGAGUUCCACGGCGAAACGCGUGCAACUGGCGUUGACGCGGCAGCUGUCCGUUGGUAGAUCCUCCCUGCUCCUAGCGGAGGUCUACAGGAGUCGAAUACACAGGUAUCUCGAACCAAAUUUGCCUCUUUCGGACGUGCGGUCCGAAGAUCAGAUUGUGGCCUUCGAAGUACCGCAGACGCCACAGGAUCUCUGGGACUAUAAGCAGCGGUUGCUUCCUGGAAGCCCCGGGAGGGAGUCGCCAGAGGACCUCAGCAUUCCGAGCUCGGUGCAGGUGCUGAUGAUUCAGGCCAUGCAUCGGCGUGUGGUCGACGUUUGCCGCUCCGACGGCAGAACGUGGUCGCAGCGACGCGAGGUGUUUGGCCUGCCAUUUGUGAUGAGCCGGCUGCCCCAGGCGUAG